AACAUACGGUACAUAUUUGUUUGGAGUUUGCAUAGGAACGUACUAGAACGUAGAACCUACGGCACCGUAUGACUCUUACACUAAUGGAGGGGGUGGAAAUUUAAUUUUUUUUGAAAUCAAAAACAAACCCAUGGAACGAAAGAAACAAUACACAGACUCACUCACGCCAAACAACCAAACUGCUGUUCACCACCACUACGUUCCCUCCUGCCGCACGCACGGAACGAAUACGAAUACGAWCACGAACGGCAAGMAAGAGGGCGACGGCGAAAAAACAAUGGCGACGACUCCCCAAGCAACAACGUCUACAACGGCAUCGUCGAUCCGGAUCCUGCUGGUCUCGGACUUUGACCUGCGGUCGACCUCCCGGCUGGCGGAAUCUCCCCUUUUGUCCUCGAGCAACCGAGCCGCUGUCCAUCGGCGAGCGAAACGCAGAAACGGAGACGGCGGCCGACCGAUCCAUCCCCUCCUCGAACGCAGCGUCGAUCUGUGCAUCGCCGUGAACGCAAGCGCGGGCGCUACUCCAAGCCAUCGCGGGGACACCGCGGCGGCUCCUUCCUACGACGGGGACGACGAGCUUCUGUCCUACUACAAAGGAAAAGAGCGGAGGGACCGGAUUCUUUUUGCGGCGGGAAGGGACCGACAAUCGCCCGCGCAAACGGGUGCGGAUGCGGAGGCCAGCGGCAACAGCAACAGCAACAGCAACAGCAACAGCAACGCCUGCGACUACGCCGACAACGGAACCGUCGUUUUGCAGCUCCUCGGCCGGUCCCGGCCCGGCCUUUCGGGGGUUCUGGGUCCUCCCGGCGGCACCGAGGCCGAACCCGGCGACCGCUCGCCCUCCUUUCGGGACGUUCCGGUCCCGGUCCCUCUUCCUCCGCUGGCGCAGCCCGUCUUUCACGGCGAAGGAAACUGCAACGGCAAUCGCGACGGGAUUGGCGGCGAUGCCACGCCCUUCCCGGGCAACGACGAAAACGACGGAAAAUCCAGCAACAGCGAGAAUUCKGGUAGAGAAAUCGGGGACGGCCAUCGUCCCGACAACAGCGACAGAAGCAACGACAGAAGCAUCUGUCGCCACCACCGACGCUUUCCCCUACCGAGCGUGGGCGGGCCCGAAGAACUCGCCGCCCGGCUAGGACUGAUCACCGCGUCCCUGGCACAGCUAGAAUCGAUCGUGUGCCGGGUGGCCUAUCUGGUGGACGACAUGGUGCUGGUCCACAAUAACAGCGAUCCGUCCCACCACGCGGCAAACAUCAGCGACAACAACAGCAGCAGCAGCAUUAGCGGCGAUGGAAAUGGCCAUCAGCAGGGAUACAAGUACCGGCGACUGACCUCCAAUUCGCUCGACAUUGCCAACCGCUGGCUCCCCCUUAUCCACGGACUGGGAAUUGGCGGAAUGAUCGGAGGAGAAAAGGGUGGUUCCCUCGAAAAGAUCUUGCGACUGGCACACCCAGCCGUAUGGGGAGGAACCAGYGAUACCGGCAACAGUAUCGGCAAYGGCAUCGRCAAUGGUGUCGGYAAUGGUAUCGGCAAUGGUAUCGGCAACAAAGAGCAAACCGCCACCAAUGGUCAACGCUGCCACCCCCAUCUCUUUCAGUCCAUUGUCGUAAACACGGGCCAACCCGCUUCGCAGCCCGGCGUGCCGAACGAACCCCACRAUCCGGAAUCCGCAUCCCCAUCCUUUGUGGGGGACCACUGCUUGCUGGAAAUCGCGGCCGGAGCUAGGGGACGCCGGCGAAGGGAAAACGGGGRCAGCACCGGGAAAUCGCCGUCCGUGGUGUUUCCGGGGAGCCUGCGGGCCGACGGCGAGUUUUGUUUGAUCGAUCUGGUGCGGAGAACSAAGGACAACGACAACGGCGACAACGACAACAUUGCCAGCGGUGCAACCACCCGGGAAUUCCUCUGGGAAGUCGAGCGGACGCAGCAUUUCYGCCUGGACUGACGGUAGUGCAGAGCAGUGAAUAUGCGUUGGUUCGGCCCGUCCUUGCGGGAUCAAUGGCGACCGAGUGCGUCACAAUU